AUGACUGGUUCAUCUUCUCAAUUUCAACAACUUGAAAAGUUGGGUGAAGGUACUUAUGCCACAGUGUACAAAGGUAGAAAUAGAACCACCGGUGCAUUGGUUGCCUUGAAAGAAAUUAGUCUAGAUUCUGAAGAAGGUACUCCUUCAACUGCAAUCAGAGAAAUUUCUUUAAUGAAAGAGUUGGACCAUGAGAAUAUUGUGACUUUAUAUGAUGUUAUUCACACUGAAAAUAAAUUAACCUUGGUUUUUGAAUAUAUGGAUAAAGAUUUGAAGAAAUAUAUGGAAGUUCAUGGUCAACAAGGUGCUUUGGAUUUGAAAAUUGUCAAGUCAUUUAUGUUUCAAUUAUUGAAAGGGAUUAUGUUCUGUCACGAUAAUAGAGUUUUACAUCGUGAUUUGAAACCUCAGAAUUUAUUAAUCAAUAAUAAAGGUGAAUUAAAAUUAGGUGAUUUUGGUUUAGCUCGUGCAUUCGGUAUUCCAUUCAAUACUUUUUCUAAUGAAGUUGUCACCUUAUGGUAUAGAGCCCCUGAUGUUUUAUUAGGCUCCAGAGCUUAUACUACUUCUAUUGAUAUUUGGUCUGCUGGGUGUAUUUUUGCAGAAAUGUGUACUGGUAAACCAUUAUUCCCAGGUACUGCAAAUGAAGAUCAAUUGAUCAAAAUUUUCAGAUUAAUGGGUACUCCAAAUGAAAGAACUUGGCCAGGAAUUAGUCAAUAUACUAAUUAUAAGAAUAAUUGGCAAAUUUUUGUUCCUCAAGAUUUAAGAUUGAUUGUUCCAAAUCUUGACUCUAUGGGUUUGAAUUUAUUGCAAAGCUUGUUGCAAAUGAGACCAGAAUCAAGAAUUACUGCUAGACAAGCUUUGCAACAUCCUUGGUUCCAUGAAAUUACCAUGCCUAACCCAGUGCCACAUCAUUUGAGUGAUCCUUACCAGCAACAGCCUCAACAACAACAUCCACAUCACCAACCAAUAAUUGAUCAACAAUAUUAG